GAAACGUUUUCGUUUUGGUAUUUAUUGCUAUUAUAUUUUGAUUUGGUUUAAAUUUGUGUAGGUUUUUGAAGAUAAGUAUAUGGUCAGUCAUAACAUACUAGGUAAUUCAUAAAAACUAAUAAAUUAGUAUGGGUUCCAGUAGUAAGAAAUAUAAGGAGAAAGAAGGAAGAAAAAGACGUCAUGAUGAUUCCACUGAAUAUGAUACACCAAAAGAAAAACGACACAAACAUAAAAAACACCACCAUAAGGAAAAGAGGCGAGACAAGUCUUCAAAGUAUUACGAAGAAGGUAGUAAAUCUCGUUACCAUGAUAGUUCGGAAAAAUCAUCAUCAAAAAAGAAUUACCAAAGUGAUGAUUCAGAUGUUAUCGAAAUUAUUGAGGAUGCCUCACCUCCUCGUGUGCCAGAACCUGCACCGAAGAAAACCUCCCAUCCGGAACCGACAAGCCACUCUUCAGGCAACCAACAUGUUGAAAGUCUUUCUAUCGAAGAAACUAACAAACUUAGAGCAAAGUUGGGACUUAAACCGUUAGAUGUGGGCACUUCCAGUAGUAAUAGCAACAAUGCUAAAAGCAGUAAAGAUAAAGAAUUACUAAAAGAUGAUUUAGGCGAGUUCUACCAUAAACCUGCAGAAAAUUUAGUUGAAAAGGCACAACAAGACAAGAUAAGGGCCAAGCUUCAAGAAAUACGUGAAAAACGACAAAUGCAUAAUAAAUUAUCGUCAGUGAAGACACUUGCUGAAAGCGAUAGUGAAGAUGAUUUGUCUUCAUGGGUACAAAAAAGCAGACAUAUUGAAAGUGCGAAAAAAGAAGCCGAAAAACGUGCUAAAAUGUUGGAAGAACUGGACGCUCAGUUUGGAAUUAGUGAUUUUGUUGAAUCAGAAAAUAAAGCUAAAAUGAAGAAUAAAUAUUCAGAACAAGAUCUUAGAGGUCUAACAGUACAACACGAUGUAGACAAUUUUGUUGAAGAAAAAACAGUUAUUCUCACUUUAAAAGAUAAAGGCGUACUAGAUGAAGAGGAUGAUGUGUUAGAAAAUGUUAAUAUGAUUGAUGAUGAACGUUAUAAGAAAAAUAUUGAAAAUAAGAAGAAAACAACUGUUUAUAAUCCUUAUGAAGAUCCAGAAUUUGAUGAAUUGGGUAAUUAUAGGGAAAAAUCAUUAUUAUCUAAAUAUGACGAAGAAAUAGAUGGUGCCAAGAAAGAUACUUUUAAAAUUGGUUAUGAUAAUGCUGUAGAACGGAAGCUACAAGCAGUGCAAUCAGUUAAAGCAAAAUUAGCACAAAAGAAGUUAGAAAGUUUGGACAGUACACAGCUAAAAAUUGCUUCGGAUUAUUACAAUGAAGAAGAGCUAGCUAAAUUUAAAAAGCCCAAAAAAAAAGUAAGGAAAAUAAGAACAAAAGGAAAACUGAUAAGCACAGAUGAAAUAAAACCAGAUAAUGCUGGUAUAGAAGCUAUUGGAUCAAGAAGACCUAAAGUUAAACACGAAAAUGAAUAUGAUAUAGAUGAUGUUCCUUUAACAGAUAUUCCUACAGAUAUUAAGAUUGAGGAUGAUAAAGACGACAUAUUAGAAAAGGCGCUACACAAAGCUAGAAGAAUCAAACAAAAGGAAAAUAUUGUAGCUGACAUUAUAAAAACUGAAAUAAAAACAGAACAGGAAGAGGAAAAUUUGGAUGGCAGUAAUAUAAUUUUGAACGCAACAGCUGAAUUUUGUCGAACUUUAGGUGAUAUUCCAACUUACGGUAAAUCCGGAAAUAGAGAGGAAACUGAGGAUGCGAUGGAAUUUGAUAAAGACAGUGAAAAUGAACAACCUGAUAGCGAUGACGACUGUAAGAUUGUGGAAGACGGUACAGGAUGGAACAGCGUAGAUCCCAGUAAUCAAGGAAUGAGUUCUACGCAAAUCGGGGUACAAGAUGUGCAGAUUUUGGGUGAGGAACCUGACGUGAGUACUGGUGUUGGAGCUGCACUUAAGUUAGCUAUGAGCAAAGGUUACCUUGACAAGGAACAGAAAAAUCGUCCGUCGAAUUCCCGUUUAGCUCAUCUUCAAGCGAAAAACUAUUCAAUAGAAGAUAAGUCAUACGGAGAUGAUGGAGAUAGGCAAAGCCGACGAGAGAGAUACGCUGGCCCUAUAACAGAGUUUAAGGAAAAGGAUAGUUUUAAACCUAAUGUUAAACUGGAAUACAUUGAUGAUGAAGGUCAUAUUCUAAACUCGAAAGAAGCUUUCAGGUAUUUAUCCCAUAAAUUCCAUGGGAAGGGCCCUGGCAAGAAUAAAGUAGAGAAAAGGAUCCAGAAGAGUGUACAAGAACAACUUAUGAAAAAGAUGAGUUCCACGGAUACUCCUCUUGGUACCCUAAACAUGUUACAAGCAAAGCAAAAAGAAACACAAUCUGCCUAUGUUGUACUAUCAGGAAAUAAGCAGUCACAGUCAACAUCCCUAUCCAAAACACGAAGAUGAUCUCAUUUAUGUAUUGUGCUCGAAGGGAACUCAAACUUUCUAAUGAUUUUUCGUUUUAAAAAUGUUAUGUCUGAAAUUUCAUUAUAUAUUCCAUUUCUGAAAUAUUUUUAAACCGAGAAAAUAUUGAGUGCUAUAUAUGUAUUGUUAAUUUUUGGUGUGUAAAAUAUAUUCCAUUAUGACUAGCAAAAAUUCUGUAAAACAUAU